UAAAAAGUUGCGGGAAACAAUGGCUACGCUUGUAGAUAAAUUUGAUAUUAUUAAUCAAAGUUAUUUUGAUUUUUGUGUUUAUAUUUGCGUAAAAUAUACAGAGCAAGAGAACUGGGCCCUUCUUCAAGAACCUAUGGAAAUUCUCUCUGGUAUCCUGAAGAAGUCAAUCAACAGAGACUACCCAGGCAAUAAGACAAGGUGCGACCUGAUCAUUGCCAUCUUCAGUGUCAGACGGCUCAUCUGGAUUGGUCUGGAGCGAUGGCCGGACGAUCUGGAUGAAGAAGUGCUGGAAGAAGUUUUUGAAAUCAUCAAGGACCUUGCUAGCACACUCAAUGACUUACAUAACUCUUUUAAUGACAAGCCUGAAAUAGCUGAGGUAGCUCGGUACUGCUUGUUCUACACAUAUGUAUUCAUACUACAGUUGUAUCCAACACAGCAACAACAGCAACAAGAACCAACUUAUGAGCAAAUUCUAAUUAACCUUCAGCACCUGAUGAAAGAUAAGAAAGAGAAAAAACUUUUCAAAACUUGUCAGAUGAACUCAAGGGAGCUAGCCAAAGUAGCUCCACAUCCCAAACUCCUUAUCCCAAACAUUAUCAGUUUGGUGCAAAAGAUCUCAGAAACACUAGAAGUACCACUACUUCUGAAGUUUGUAGAUGGUUUGUACAAGUCAUCAGAUUUCACACACUUUAACAACAGUGAUGCCACAUAUGACUAUAACCUGACAUAUGACAGUAAUACGACACAUGCCAGUAACACAACAGAUGACAAUAGUGAGAGUGACACUGACGCAACUGACGACUAUGAUGUAGCCGGUGGCAGUGUGGACGAGGGUCGUGUGUGUAAAAAAGCUGAGAGCCGUUGGAAAGAAACUUUUUACAAGAAUCUGGGAUUAGAAGCUAGAGAUGAAAAGAAGAAACAUGAGUCCCCAGUUGGGAAAGUCAGUAAAUUGGAUGCUGAAAUAGCCAGGUUACAUGGUCUUCAGCUGAAAAAACACGAGAAAGACAAGUUGUUAGAAGACAAUCAACAAAAAUCUAGAAAGGUCCAAGAGCUCAGGUCACCAAGUGCAUCACCUUUAAAGAACCAACACAAUGGCACCACCCACACACUACAGAACUCAAGCAGGAGGUCAAGGUCACCUGGUUCGGCCCACAGAAAGCACUUGUUUGCCAGCUCGUCCAGUAGGUCAAGGUCACCCAGCUCACCCCACAAAAGACGAAGAAAAGAUCACUCACCCAGUAGUUCAAGGGCCUCCAGCUCACCCCUGAAAACACACAAGGUCGACACCUCGCCAAGUUCAAGGUCGUUGAGCUCACCUCACAAAAAACCAACAGAAAAGUCACCUAGAAUGUCAAGGUCAUCCAGCUCCCCUCAUAAAAGUCAGCAGCGGAACACCUCACCCAAAAGUACACAGUCAUCUCACUCACCUUACGUAAGGCUGUUGGUUCAGCACUCACCUAGAAGGUCAAGGUCCCUUAGCUCCCCUCAAAAAAGGCAGUUGGUUCAUCACUCACCAAGAAGGUUAUCGUCAUCAAGUUCCAGCUCAGCAGAUUCUACACCCAUGCAUUUCAAGAGAAAACUUGAUAUGUCACCAAAACAUUCAAAAGGCAAGCGGAGAAAGUGGACCACAGCAGAAGAGGACAGUUUCAUCAUCCAGACUUUAAAAACUGGAGAAGGUCGCUGGGCCGAGAUCAAAGUUCAACUGGGCACCUCCAGAACCAACAAACAGCUGAAAGAUAAAUGGAGAAACAUUCCGCCCUCUAGAAUAAAGAAAGUUGCCAAACAAAAUAAGCUGACAUUUACCAAUUGAUUGGUUAUUGUAAUAGCAAUGUCAAAUUGAUUGGAUGAUAUUUUUAGUACAUUUCAGUGAUUGGCUGGUUAUUUUAGUAUUACAAAUUUAUUGCAUGAUUGAGUAUAUUUCAAAGUGAUUUAAUGGUUGUUUUAAUAAUAUAUUUCAAUCUGAUUGGAUGGUUAUUUUUAGAAUCUUUUCAAGGUGAUUGGUUGGUUAGUAUAUUUUAAAUUUAAAGUGGUCAAGUGCAUUAGUAAAACCAAAAGUGUUACAGUCUGUAGCCAUUCAUAUUACAACAUGUCAUCUUUCCCUAUGGGUUUUAGUGUACCAGUACCAUGUUAUAAGAGUCAUUGUUUUACUAAGUUGGUUGUAAAUAUUCCUGAACAAACUUGUCUUUCUUUAAAUACACAACACUGUACGUCAGAAUGCUGCUUAUGAGACGUGUCGGUAUUAUGUAUGUAUGUAUGUAUAAUAAAGAGAGAUGUGCCUUUACUUCAAUCUUUGACUAGCAGUCUCUUUUAAACUAUUUUGAAAAUGAUCUUGUUCUCUUUCACUGUGGUUAAGGCGAUUACUGUACCAUACCUUAGAAUUUAUUGAUCAUAGUAAAUUUGUAAGUUGUAUUCCUUAUGUCAAAUCAAAUAUUUAUG